AUGCAGCCAGCAAGUUGUCUAUUCUGUGACAAAUCCGCAAACCCUUCCAAAACAAUCAUGAUCUACGAAAACUACAACGCCAUCAAGCCUUUAGUUUUAAAAGAGCAUGGGUUUUUCAACAACCGGUUCGGACUUUUCCAUCACGAUAGAAUCAUUUCCACACCUCUCGGCUCCAAAGUCAAAGAAGUCAAAGAAAAAGGCUACAUUUACACAUUGACCACAACUCCAGAGCUGUGAACCAAAGGGAUCAGCAUGAGGACUCAAAUUCUGUACAGAGCUGACAUAUCGAUGAUCAUAGGAAACCUCAAUAUUCGCCCUGGAAGCAUUGUGGUAGAAGCUGGGACUGGCUCUGCCUCACUAUCAAUAUCUAUCAUAAGAAGCUUACUUCCCCAUGGAAAAUUGUUUACUUUUGAGUUCAACCCAGGAAGAGCUGAAGAAGCCAAAAACGAAUUUAUUCAGUUGGGGCUUGAGAACAAUGUAGUCAGUGAGUGCAGAGAUGUCCUGGAAAAUGGAUUUUCGCAUGCUGGGUAUACAGAAGCUGAUGCUGUAUUUCUGGAUUUGCCGUGUCCAUGGAAUGCUGUGGAAAAGGCGAAAGAGAUUUUGAAAGUUGAAGGAAACCUUUGCACUUUUUCUCCUUGCAUAGAACAAGUUCAGAAAACAUGCCAAAUGCUGAGGAAGCUGGAUUUCCAAGAAAUAAAGACUGUUGAAACACUUAUAAGACCUUAUCAAGCAAGAACUAAUGAGAAAGGAAAUUUGUCAAUACAGAUGGAUGCUGAGCAGGAAAGGCUGCACACAGGCUAUUUAACAUUUGCAAUUAAAUAA